AAAAGCCUCCGAGUUCCGGUUUCUGCAUCUGUUUCCUUCUUCGUCUAGCCAUUGAAGGUUCGCUUCCGAUUCGAAAUCAUGGCGGCCGUACCGAGAGGCCUCAUUUCUCGCAUCAAUCAGUUUCUAUCGAUCCGGUCUAUAACUCCUUCAUCCUCUGAAUCUCUUCCUCAUUGUAGCUUCUUUCUCCUCCGACGAUUCAGCUCCGAUGCUGGCUUGGUCGACGGCGGUGGAUCUGAUAUUAUCGGGGCUCCGACCCGAAUCAUCGAGGCGAAACAAGGCGAGAUGUCUAGUAGCUCUAAAAGGACUGGGAUCAUCGCCGUUAAGUGUGGGAUGACUGCGCUCUGGGACAAAUGGGGAGCUAGGGUUCCGGUUUCUAUUCUCUGGGUUGAUGAUAACAUUGUCUCUCAGGUCAAAACUGUUGAGAAAGAAGGGAUUUUUGCGUUACAGAUCGGAUGUGGGCAAAAGAAACCUAAGCAUUUGUCGAAGUCUGUGGUGGGGCAUUUCAGAGCACAAGGUGUGCCGUUAAAGAGAAAGUUGCGGGAAUUUCCUGUGACAGAAGACGCUCUUCUUCCUGUUGGUACUUCACUCGGAGUCCGCCAUUUUGUUCCGGGACAGUACGUUGAUGUCACUGGGAUCACUCGAGGGAAAGGUUUUCAGGGAUGCAUGAAAAGAUGGAAUUUCAAAGGAAUGCCUGGAUCACAUGGUGCUUCAUUGUCCCAUCGAAGCGCUGGUUCCACAGGGCAAAGAGAUGCCCCUGGAAAGGUGUUCAAGGGGAAAAAGAUGGCUGGAAGAAUGGGUGCAGAACAGAGGACAGUAAAGAACGUUUGGGUUUACAAGAUCGAUCCUGCACGGAACCUCAUCUGGGUGAGAGGACAAGUUCCUGGCGCAGAAGGAAAUUUUGUGUUCAUAAGAGAUGCAUGGUACAAGAAACCAGAUAUCUCGAAGCUUCCGUUUCCAACUUAUUUAGCUCCAGAAGACGAAGAUCCAUCAGAAUUAGAACCGUUGGUUGCUGAUCUUGGAGAAGUUGACCCAUUUAUGUUGGCAGAGUGAUGAAAACGACAUGAUCUUGAUCUUCAUUUUGGCUUUUGUUUUUUACAUUUAUGGGAGACCAGAAAGAAGCUGAAGAAGCAGAAUCAUAGAGCUAAAGCUUUUUGCAGAUGAAAUUGUCUUUUCGUAUCUUAGUUGUUUGGAUGUAUGAUUUGAAAAACGAUUAAUAGAGGGAAUUUAGGCUCGCAUUUGUUAAAUCACGAUGCUUAAAAGUUUGCAAUAAGCAAUGAAGAAACACAAGAUUUAUGUUUCCUUUCA